GUGGCGGCGGCAGCGGCGGCGCGCGCGGCCAUGGCCCGUUGGGGCCCCGCUCAGGAGCCCGAAUGGGGGCCCGAGGCUUGGCAGCCGCUCCCGCCUCAGCCCCACGGCCCCGAGGGGGAGAAGGCGCCGGCGGUGCCCGAGAUCUCGCUGUGGACGGUGGUGGCGGCCGUGCAGGCGGUGGAGAGGAAGGUGGAAUCGCAGGCCCUGAGGCUGCUGAGCUUGGAAGGGAGGACCGAGACGGCGGAAAAGAAAGUGUCCGGACUGGAAAAAGCCGUGCUGGAUUUCGGCAGCCGGUUAGAACGUAAAUGGGCCGCCUUGGCUGCUCUGGUGCAGGAGAACACGAGGAGGCUGGAGCACGUCGAGAGGCAGCUCCAGCACCGCAGCUGCUGGGCCCCCCGGCCCGGCCCCGGCCCCGGCCCCGGCGGGGAGGAGCCCAAGGUGCCGGCGGCGGGCGAGGAGGACCCGGGUGUUUUGCCGGAGCAGGAGUGGGGCAGCUCGGAUGGCCAGAAGGAGCUCUGCAGGCUGGCCCUGAAGGGGAGCCAGGAGGCCGGGGUGUCUCUGGGUGAGGAUCAGUCCCUGCUCACCCACCAGGCACCUCCUGAGCACCUCACUCUGCCUGCAGGCUGCUGGAGAGCAGGGCCUGGGGACACCAGUUCCAAACCUGCUCUGCUGCCACCAGCCGAGGAUGGGGAGGAUUCAGGGAUGAGGACCCAGGGGCUGCUGGAGAAGGGAGCAGUGUUGGGGCACCUUGGUGGUGAGAAGAUCGUGAUCAAGACAGAAGAGCAGCAGCCCCAGGAGGAAGGAGCUGAAACCCUGGCCCUGCCACAGGUGCCCUCAGCGAGGCUGGAAGAGGAGCUUCCCCUGAGCCAGGAGCAGCCGGUGCCCUGGGACAGCCAGGCUGCCUUGGAGGAGCAGAAGGCAGCAGGAGAGAGCCUGGGGGAGUUCUGCAAGCACGGGCCUGAGUUCAAGCCCGUGGUGGUGCCGGUGGAAGCUCACCCUGUCCCGGGCCUGCCCUUCCCAACGGAGCACGUGCUGGGCGUGGGGCUUGACCAGCCCUUCUUGUCCCAGGGAGCACCCCCGGGAGAGGACAGCACGGCCGAGCCGCCGGAGGAGACCCGUCCCCAGGCGGCGGGGGAGGAGCUGGGCUGGAAGAGCGUCCGUCUGACCCGGAACCUCCUGGCCCGGCAGCAGAGCCAGGAGAGGAGGAGCAGCGGCUCCUUCAUCUGCACGGCCUGCGGGAAGAGCCUGGCGCACCACGCGGCGCUGCUGCGGCACCAGCGGCUGCACACGGGGGAGCGGCCCUUCCAGUGCCCCGCCUGCGGCAAGAGCUUCAACGAGAAGUCCAACCUCAACAAGCACUACCGCAUCCACACCGGGGAGCGGCCCUACCGCUGCCCCGCCUGCGGCAAGGGCUUCAUCCAGAAGCACCACCUGCAGAAACACCAGGGGAUCCACGGCCCGCAGCUGCGGGGGAGCUGGGCGGGCCGGCCGGCGCGGGGCGGCGGCGCCGGGGAGCGGCUCUAUCGCUGCAUCGAGUGCGCCGAGAGCUUCCCGCAGAAAUCCUGGCUGGAGGAGCACCAGCGCCGGCACACCCAGCAGCGCCCCUUCCAGUGCAGCGGCUGCAGCAAGAGCUUCCGCCACCGGCAGUCUCUCAACCACCACCAGAAGGUCCACGCCCUGGCCAGCCCUGCCGGCCCCCUGCCCGGCCGUGCCCGGGAGCUGGAGACCAGUCCCUGCAAAGCCUUGAGCCAGGAGGGUCUCUGACCCUGGGGGCUGGAGGAGGGAAGGGGCAACGUUUCUCCAGGCUGCUCCGUGGCAACGGGACAUGCCAGGCAGCUGGUGCUGCCCCACCCUGGGGCUUGUGGCACCGUUGAGGGGCUGGUGGCACCACCGUGGGGCUCUCCACAAUGCCACGGGGCUGGUGGCACCACCGUGGGGCUGUCCACAAUGCCAUGGGGCUGGUGGCACCACUGUGGAGCUUGUUGCACGGACACAAGGCUGAUGGCACCACUCCGGAGCUUGUGGCGCCACUGCAGGGCUCUCCACAAUGCUGUGGGGCUUGUGGCACCACCACGGGGCUGAUGGCACCACCGUGGGGCUCUUCACAAUGCCUUGGGGCUUGUGAGACCACCGCAGGGCUUGUUGCACAGACACAGGGCUGGUGUCACCACUGUGGAGCUUGUGGGACCACCGUGGGGCUCUCCACAAUGCCACGGGGCUGGUGGCACCACCAUAGGGCUGGUGGCACCACCGUUGGUGUUGGUGGCACUGACAUGAGGCUGGUGGCACCACUACAGGGCUCUUCACAACGCAGUGGGGCUGGUGGCACCACCGUGGGGCUCUGCAGCUCCUGGUCUCCAGGAGGAGGAGGAGGGUGGCUGCUGGCUGGUGUGUGUGGCUGGGAGCUGUGCCGGGGCCCUGGAGGCAGCAGGGGGGGUUUGGUGUCCAUCCAGGUGGGGCUGCUGUCCCGUGGGAGCAGGACUGGGCUGAGGAGCAGCCAUGGGGGGCACGGAGCUGGGGCACCAGAGUGGUCCGACUCAGGGUUACUGCCCUGGGGUCACUGGAGCAACUGGGAAGAGACUCGGAUAAAAAACCUGGGCUGA